AUGUGCCUCUGUAACCUUUUCCACUACCUCCAACAGUCUGGGCAUGAAGUACACACCCGUUCACAGUCUGGGCAUGAAGUACACAACCUCCAACAGGCUGGGCAUGAAGUACACACCCGUUCACAGUCUGGGCAUGAAGUACACACCCGUUCACAGUCUGGGCAUGAAGUACACAACCGUUCACAGUCUGGGCAUGAAGUACACACCCGUUCACAGUCUGGGCAUGAAGUACACACCCGUUCACAGUCUGGGCAUGAAGUACACACCCGUUCACAGUCUGGGCAUGAAGUACACACCCGUUCACAGUCUGGGCAUGAAGUACACAACCUCCAACAGGCUGGGCAUGAAGUACACAACUGUUCACAGGCUGGGCAUGAAGAACACAACUGUUCACAGGCUGGGCAUGAAGUACACUACCGUUCACAGUCUGGGCAUGAAAUCCUCUUUGGAGCUGAUCAGUAUUCAGAGGCUGAUCAGUAUUCAGAGGCUGAUCAGUAUUCAGAGGCUGAUCAGUAUUCAGAGGGUGAUCAGUAUUCAGAGGCUGAUCAGUAUUCAGAGGCUGAUCAGUAUUCAGAGGCUGAUCAGUAUUCAGAGGCUGAUCAGUAUUCAGAGGCUGAUCAGUAUUCAGAGGCUGAUCAGUAUUCAGAGGCUGAUCAGUAUUCAGAGGCUGAUCAGUAUUCAGAGGCUGAUCAGUAUUCAGAAGCUGAUCAGUAUUCAGAGGCUGAUCAGUAUUCAGAGGCUGAUCAGUAUUCAGAGGCUGAUCAGUAUUCAGAGGCUGAUCAGUAUUCAGAGGCUGAUCAGUAUUCAGAAGCUGAUCAGUAUUCAGAGGGUGAUCAGUAUUCAGAGGCUGAUCAGUAUUCAGAGGCUGAUCAGUAUUCAGAAGCUGAUCAGUAUUCAGAGGCUGAUCAGUAUUCAGAGGCUGAUCAGUAUUCAGAAGCUGAUCAGCAUUCAGAGGCUGAUCAGUAUUCAGAGGCUGAUCAGUAUUCAGAGGCUGAUCAGUAUUCAGAGGCUGAUCAGUAUUCAGAGGCUGAUCAGUAUUCAGAGGCUGAUCAGUAUUCAGAGGCUGAUCAGUAUUCAGAGGCUGAUCAGUAUUCAGAAGCUGAUCAGUAUUCAGAGGCUGAUCAGUAUUCAGAGGCUGAUCAGUAUUCAGAGGCUGAUCAGUAUUCAGAGGCUGAUCAGUAUUCAGAGGCUGAUCAGUAUUCAGAGGCUGAUCAGUAUUCAGAGGCUGAUCAGUAUUCAGAGGGUGAUCAGUAUUCAGAGGCUGAUCAGUAUUCAGAGGCUGAUCAGUAUUUAGAGGCUGAUCAGUAUUCAGAGGUUGAUCAGUAUUCAGAGGCUGAUCAGUAUUCAGAGGGUGAUCAGUAUUCAGAGGCUGAUCAGUAUUCAGAGGGUGAUCAGUAUUCAGAGACUGAUCAGUAUUCAGAGGGUGAUCAGUAUUCAGAGGGUGAUCAGUAUUCAGAGGGUGAUCAGUAUUCAGAGGGUGAUCAGUAUUCAGAGACUGAUCAGUAUUCAGAGGGUGAUCAGUAUUCAAAGGGUGAUCUCGUCAGUGUAGGUGGAGACGAGCGGAAAUCCGAUCAGGUCAUUUUUGGAACCCUGCGAGUAUAG